AUGAACAACCCGAACAUGGUCAACAUGAACAUGGGCGGCCCAGUCGGUGCUCCCAUGCCCAUGAUGAAUAAUGGCGGGGUUGUGCCUCCUGGCGCCCAGCGACAGCUCCAAGUGAACGAGAACAACAGGACCCUGCUCAAUACCUACAUCUAUGAAUAUUUCCUCCGCUAUGGCAUGUACGACGCUGCGCGCGCCAUUCUCAACAGUGACUCUCAGGUCAAGGUACUAAAGGACAGCCCUAACGGACGUCGCGAUGAGAACGGAAACCUUCUCGGAAACGGGGCCGGCGAUGACCCGAUGGAUACGGAUUCCAAAGAGGACAUGGAGUCAAAACGCCCCGAGGAUCUUCCCGCUCCGAACGUGCCAAUGCCGCUACCCGACAGCUGCUUCCUGUACGAAUGGUUCUGUCUCUUCUGGGACAUGUUCAACGCGCAGAAGGGCAAGGGCGGCAGUGGACAAGUCAAUCAAUAUGUCAGCCACACACAGCAACAAUCACGUAUGAGACAAGCUCAUCAGCAGGAUAUGCUUCGCCAAAUGCGACCAGAGUUCACACAGCAGCAGUAUCAGCAGCAGAUGAUGCGCAACAUGCAGAACGGUGCUGCAAUGAAUCUCAACAUGAAGCAGGGUAACAACCUUCCUCGAACAGCCAUGGCAAACAGCCAGAACAACCCUCAAGCCAUGCAAAUGCUACAACAGAAGCAAGGUCAAAUGCAACGUGAUCCCUCCGACAUGGAUGGCAACCGUGCACGACCCGCAUCUCCGGGGUCUGGAGACAGCGUUCCCUCCCCCUCCAAGAGGCCGCGUCUAGAAGGAGCUCCUUUCAACCCUCAACAGGCCGGAAUGAUGCCCAACGGAAGGCCCGCUGGCCAGGGCAUGCCAGGGCAGCCAGUGGGCGCCCAGGCAGCCCAGGUGCAUCAAAUGCUGAUCCAGAACGGCAUUGAUCCGAGCCAGUUGAACCCCGAACAGUUCCAGACUUUCCAGAACCAGUCGCCAGCUGUCCAGCAGAAGACUAUUCAAACGUAUGCUCAGAACCUUCAGCAGCACCACGGUGCUCAGAUGGGCAACAAGCCGAUGCCAAACGCUGCUCCUGGACCUCAAGGACAGGGCUCGCCCAUGGUUCCUCAAGGACCCGAUGGCGCGGCGCUGAAUGCAUACUACAAUGCUGGUGAAAUGGCGGCUGCUGGUGCUAUGAGACCUGGUGCCCCUGGUGCCAAUCAGGCUGCCGGCGGCAGCAACCAUGCCCUCCAGGAUUAUCAGAUGCAGUUGAUGUUGCUAGAGCAGCAAAACAAGAAGAGGCUGAUGAUGGCUCGCCAGGAGCAGGACGGCAUGGCUAUGCCACGGGCUGAUGGGCAAGGCGGCCCUGCUGGCCCAGUUGGACCGAAUCCCCAAGGACCAAAUGGCCAGCCAUUCCAAGGCGCAUCGCCGCAAGGUCCCCGCGCAGGAGCCUCACCGAACCCAAGUGAGCAGAUGAAGCGUGCUGGCCAGAUGAACCCCGUCAAUAUGGGGUCUCCUCUGCCCGAAGGCGCUCAGUCACGAGGCUCUCCGAAUGCAAUCAACUUCAUGGGUGCCCAGAUGGAUCCAUCUACUGCGCCGCACUUCUUCAAGGAUAUGAACGGUAUGGGUGGAAAUAUGGCGGUGGCAGCACAGAUGAAUGGCAUGCGACCUCCUCACCCUGGGCAGCCUUUCAAUGGCCCAAUGAACCAGCAACAGAUGAUGGCAGCCCGGCAGCAGCAACAAGCGGCCGCGCAAGGCAAUCCUCAGAUGCAGUGGCAGCAAGCCGGACCUAAUGGACAGCAGAUGGCUGGUCCUCCAGGUCAGCAAGGUCCGCAGGUGCAGGGUACUCCGCAGCAGCGGUCCAUGCCUCCUCCAGCCCAACCGCAGGCUGCUGCUAAUGCUGCUGCUAAUGCCCGAAACACGUCGUCGCCGCAAGUCAGCACAGCUGCGCCGCCUACACCCUCACAGGGCAAUAAGGCUGCGCCAAAGAAGAAGGAGUCCAAGGCUGCGAAGGACAAGCGCGCCGCGACUCAGAAGAAGUCAAACUCCAACCUCAACGCAGGUGCAACUCCUGCUGCUGCCGAGGCAGCUCCGGAACAGGAGCCUCCUACACCAGCAACUCCCAUCACCCCUGUCAACCCACAGAGCUUCAACAAGGGUCAGAAUGCGGCUCCAGCACAAGUCAUUCCAAAUGGACAACCCGCCGCACCGGCACCCCCUGUUGCCGCUCCGAUGCCGCCGCAGCCGCAGCCCGAUCCUAACCAGAACAAUGCGUACGGUAUGGGCGAUGGUGGACUGGACUUUGGUUCAAUGGACUUCGCCAAUCCGCUUACGUCUACUGAUGUCCUCGACUCGUUCGAUUUUGACUCGUUCCUUCAUGAUAACGAAGGCGAUCCUGGCGCUUUUGACUUCAACGCUGGAGCUUUCGCCAUGGAGGGUGGUGAGAUCGGUGCGGAGUAG